GCAGCGCCUGACUAAACUGUGGGCGGCUCUCGCCACGUACUCGGCGCGUGCCUCCGCGGACCCGCCCAGGGCCCGCGGCGCGCUUAGGGAGGAGCACGUGCCCCACAGCUGCAGGCAGAGCGUGGGUCUGUCGUCCUGUGCGGAGGCCGCGCCACUGGCCGUCCUGCUCGCCGGCGUCGCCCGUGGCCGUCACCUGUGGAGAGCGCGCCCUCCCUGCUACUGCCCCUGGGCGGGCGGGAGAACUGGCGCCAUGUCUCCCGCGCUGCACGACCCGCCGCCACCCGGAGAUAUGAAGAAGACUCUUCAGGAUGAGAUUGAAGCCAUUCUGCAGAAGAGGAUUAUGGUGCUAGAUGGAGGGAUGGGAACCAUGAUCCAGCGGUAUAAGCUGAGUGAAGAAAGCUUUCAAGGUGAAGAAUUUAAAGAUCAUGCCAGGCCACUGAAAGGAAAUAAUGACAUUUUAAGUAUAACUCAACCUGAUAUCAUUUACCAAAUUCAUAAGGACUACUUGCUGGCUGGGGCAGAUAUCAUUGAAACAAAUACUUUCAGUAGCACCAGUAUUGCCCAAGCUGACUAUGGCCUUGAACACUUGGCCUACCAGAUGAACAAGUGCUCUGCAGAUGUAGCCAGAAAAGCUGCUGAGGAGAUAACGCUUCAGACAGGAAUCAAGAGGUUUGUGGCAGGAGCUUUGGGUCCAACUAAUAAGACACUCUCUGUGUCCCCAUCUGUGGAAAGACCAGAUUAUAGGAACAUCACAUUUGAUGAACUUGUUGAAGCAUACCAAGAGCAGGCCAAAGGCCUAUUGGAUGGAGGGGUUGAUAUCUUACUCAUUGAAACUAUUUUUGAUACUGCCAAUGCUAAGGCAGCCUUGUUUGCUCUCAAGAAACUUUUUGAAGAGAAUUACACUCCCCGACCUAUCUUUAUUUCAGGGACCAUUGUUGAUAAAAGUGGGCGGACUCUUUCUGGACAGACAGGAGAGGCUUUUGUCAUCAGUGUUUCUCAUGGAGACCCACUGUGCAUUGGAUUAAAUUGUGCUUUGGGAGCAACUGAAAUGAGACCUUUCAUUGAAACAAUUGGAAAAUGCACCACUGCCUAUGUCCUUUGUUAUCCCAAUGCAGGUCUUCCCAACACUUUUGGUGACUACGAUGAAACACCUUCCCUGAUGGCUAUGCACCUGAAGGGCUUUGCUAUGGAUGGCUUGGUCAAUAUAGUUGGCGGAUGCUGUGGUACAACACCAGAUCAUAUCAGGGAAAUUGCUGAAGCUGUGAAAAAUUGUAAGCCUAGGGUUCCACCUGCCAGUGUUUUUGAAGGACAUAUGUUACUGUCUGGUCUAGAGCCCUUCAGGAUUGGGCCAUAUACCAACUUUGUUAACAUUGGAGAGCGCUGUAAUGUGGCAGGAUCCAGGAAGUUUGCUAAACUCAUCAUGGCAGGAAACUAUGAAGAAGCUCUGAGUGUUGCCAAAGCACAGGUGGAAAUGGGAGCCCAGGUGCUGGAUGUCAACAUGGAUGAUGGCAUGCUAGAUGGUCCAAGUGCAAUGACUAAAUUUUGCAACUUCAUUGCUUCCGAGCCUGACAUUGCCAAGGUGCCCUUGUGCAUUGACUCUUCCAAUUUUGCUGUGAUUGAAGCUGGGUUGAAGUGCUGCCAAGGGAAGUGCAUAGUCAAUAGUAUUAGUCUGAAGGAGGGUGAAGAGGACUUCUUGGAGAAGGCCAGGAAGAUUAAGAAGUUUGGAGCUGCUGUGGUAGUCAUGGCUUUUGAUGAAGAAGGACAGGCAACAGAAACAGACAUCAAAAUCAAUGUGUGCACUCGAGCCUACCAUCUACUUGUGAAGAAAGUGGGCUUUAAUCCACAUGACAUCAUCUUUGACCCCAACAUCCUCACUAUUGGUACUGGGAUGGAAGAACACAAUUGGUAUGCCAUCAAUUUUAUCCAUGCAACCAAAGUCAUUAAAGAAACACUGCCUGGAGUCAAAAUAAGUGGAGGUCUUUCCAAUUUGUCCUUCUCCUUCCGAGGAAUGGAAGCCAUUCGAGAAGCAAUGCAUGGGGUUUUUCUGUACCAUGCAAUCAAGUUUGGUAUGGACAUGGGGAUAGUGAAUGCGGGCAACCUCCCAGUAUAUGAUGAUAUCCAUAAAGAACUCCUCCAGCUCUGUGAAGACCUCAUCUGGAAUAAAGACCCUGAAGCUACUGAGAAGCUCUUACGUUAUGCCCAGACUCAUGGCAAAGGAGGGAAGAAAGUUAUCCAGAGUGAUGAGUGGAGGAAUGGCCCCAUUGAAGAGCGCCUUGAAUACGCCCUCGUGAAGGGCAUUGAAAAAUAUGUUGUUGAAGAUACUGAGGAAGCCAGAUUAAACCAGGAAAAAUACCCUCGACCUCUGAAUAUAAUUGAAGGACCCUUGAUGAAUGGCAUGAAGGUUGUUGGUGAUCUUUUUGGAGCAGGAAAAAUGUUUCUACCUCAGGUUAUAAAGUCAGCUCGGGUCAUGAAGAAGGCUGUUGGUCACCUUAUCCCUUUCAUGGAAAAAGAAAGAGAGGAGAACAGAAUGAUUAAUGGCACUGUAGAAGAAGAGGACCCUUACCAAGGCACCAUUGUGCUGGCAACUGUUAAAGGCGAUGUGCAUGACAUAGGCAAGAACAUAGUUGGAGUGGUCCUUGGCUGCAAUAAUUUCAGAGUUAUUGAUUUAGGAGUCAUGACACCCUGCGAUAAGAUACUGAAAGCAGCUCUUGACCACAAAGCAGAUAUAAUUGGCCUGUCAGGACUCAUUACUCCUUCCCUGGAUGAAAUGAUUUUUGUUGCUAAGGAAAUGGAAAGAUUAGCCAUAAAGAUUCCACUGUUGAUUGGAGGAGCAACCACUUCAAGAACCCACACAGCAGUUAAAAUAGCUCCAAGAUACAGUGCACCUGUAAUCCAUGUCUUGGAUGCAUCCAAGAGUGUGGUGGUGUGUUCUCAACUAUUAGAUGAAAAUCUAAAGGAUGAGUACUUUGAGGAAAUCAUGGAGGAAUAUGAAGAUCUUAGACAGGACCAUUAUGAGUCUCUUAAGGAGAGGAAAUACAUACCCUUAAGUCAAGCCAGAAAAAAUGGUUUCCACAUUGAUUGGCUGUCUGAACCUCCCCCAGUGAAGCCCACAUUUAUUGGGACCCGGGUCUUUGAAGACUAUGACCUGCAGAAGCUUGUGCACUACAUUGACUGGAAGCCUUUCUUUGAUGUCUGGCAGCUCCGGGGCAAGUACCCAAAUCGAGGCUUUCCCAAGAUAUUUAACGACAAAACAGUAGGUGAAGAGGCCAAAAAGGUGUACGAUGAUGCCAAGAACAUGCUAAACAUACUGAUUAGUGAAAAGAAACUUCGGGCCAGGGGUGUGGUGGGAUUCUGGCCUGCGCAGAGUGUCCAAGAUGACAUCCACCUUUAUGCGGCGGACGUGGUGCCCCAGGCCUCGGAGCCCAUAGCCACUUUCUAUGGGUUGAGGCAGCAGGCUGAGAAGGACUCUGCCAGCACAGACCCUUACCACUGCCUCUCAGACUUCAUUGCUCCUCUGCAUUCUGGGGUCCGCGACUACCUAGGCCUGUUCGCUGUCGCCUGCUUUGGGGUGGAAAAGCUAAGCAAAGCCUAUGAAGAUGAUGGUGAUGACUACAGCAGCAUCAUGGUCAAAGCUCUGGGGGACCGACUGGCAGAGGCCUUCGCAGAGGAGCUCCAUGAGAGGGUUCGCAAAGAACUCUGGGCCUACUGUGACAGUGAGCAGCUGGGCGUUGCAGACCUGCGCAGGCUCCGGUAUGAGGGCAUCCGGCCAGCUCCUGGGUACCCCAGCCAGCCUGACCACACUGAGAAGCUCACCAUGUGGCAGCUGGCUGGCAUUGAGCAGUGCACAGGCAUUCAGCUGACAGAGUCCUUGGCCAUGUCCCCUGCUUCAGCAGUUUCAGGUCUCUACUUUUCCAACUUGAAUUCCAGAUAUUUUGCUGUGGGGAAAAUUUCCAAGGAUCAGAUUGAGGAUUAUGCUCUGAGGAAGAACAUGUCUGUAGCAGAGGUGGAGAAGUGGCUUGCACCUAUUUUGGGAUAUGAUACAAACUAAUUUCUUUUUUUGAAAAAAAAACCCCAAAAACCAAACC